UUUAUUAUUCUGUGAUCGCUAUGAAAUCUGUGAUGAGGAUCCGAGAAAAAAUUUUAUAUAAAUAAUUUUUAUGAGUCAAAAAAACUUGCAAAGAAUAUCACUAAAACUAAUAUUGCUCAUUUAUUUAUGCUCAGAUACAGGACUUUUAUUUAUCUCAAAAGUUAUGUUUGGUGAUAUUCCAAAAAUAUAAAUAAUAAACUGCAAUCAGGAUUUACAGUUUUCAACAUACCAGAAUGAGUAAUGAAAAGGGCCUGGCCAAUUCAAAUCAUAAAUCAACAGAUGUAGAAACACAAUCAAAUCAAAGGGUCUAUGAAGUGGACAAUCAAGUCGAAAUAAAAACAGAAAAAUCAGAUGACACUACAGUUAAACAGGAACCUUUGGACACAGAGUACUAUGCGAAUGUCUACGACACACAGUUUGAAGUGUUUCCCCAUGAACUAAGCACGAGUUUAUUACUGGAACAAUUAAGUGAAAAUGUUCAUAUUGCAGCAAAUAUAAGAGAGAAAGUAAAAACUGAGCAAACAUUGACUUACGUUGAGCAAGAGCAAGUUGAAGCAAGUUUGAGUGUGGACUGUACUCGCACACUUGAAUUCACAGCAACCAAAAACGUGAAGAUGGAUGAAACAUCCACAUCUGAAAAGUACAUUAUUGAAUCACAAAAACCAUUAUGUAAUGCAAAAGCUGAUACAAUUCAACAUAUGAAAGAUGAUGAUACAGAUGAAAUAACCAAAUCGCUAUGUCAGUUGAAGGAUGUGUCAGCGAGUGGCAAUACUUCUGUCUAUCAUAAAGAUAGGAAGCCAAUUAAAAGGAUAAUAUCGAAUGAAUUGAUGAGGAGAAAUAAUUUCAUUCCUACAGACACUAAUCAAGAAAACACAACAGAACUUUCCAAGGAAGUCUUGAGCACAGAUACAGACUGUGGCAAACAAAUAAUAACUUUUUCAAAUGAACGUACAGAUUUAGAAAGAGUAGACAAAACUGAAUUGUCUGACAUCAACCUAGGUACGCCGCAAAAAACCGUAUUCCAUUGUAGUGAAUGUAAAUAUGUUACUGGAAAAAUGCCUAAUUUAGUAAAACAUUCGCGGAUGAAACACAACGCCAAAAUUCCUCAUUCGUGCAAGGUUUGCAAUUAUAAGUGUAAUUUCAAAAGUGUAUUACAGAAGCACAUGAGAACUCACACUGGCUACAAACCCUACAACUGUAAGCAUUGCGACUACAAAUGCGCUGACAAAUCAAAUUUCGGUAGGCACUUGAAGUAUCAUAACAGAGGGACAGAUUUCCAAUGCAGUCUGUGUCCAUUGAAAUUUCCAAGAAAAUGUGAUUUAAUCACUCACGUAAGAUCCCACGGGAAUUCACAGAAACCGUAUGCCUGCAAGCAUUGCGACUAUAAAUGUUCGACUGCGAGCGAUUUAAUAUUUCACGCGAGAAUUCACACAGGGGAAAAGUUUUAUUCCUGUGAGGAUUGUGAUUAUAAGUGUUUAAAAUCAAGUGAUCUCAAAAUCCAUGUCACAAAUCACACCACCGGAAACCCUUAUUCCUGCAAGCUAUGCGACUUCAAAUGCUCAAUCCCGAGUGCUCUUAUAACCCACUCGAUGAGUCACACUGAUAAAAAACCCUAUACUUGUAAGCAAUGUAACUUCAGAUGUUCAAACUCCAAUGCUUUGUUGACUCACGCGUGGAGCCAUACGUCAGAAAAACCUUUUUGCUGUAAGCAUUGUGAAUAUAAAUGUUCAAGAUCAAGCGAGCUAAUAAACCACGCUAGGACACACAACGCUGACAAACUAUGUGACAAUGAUUUUAACGCUGACUUAACCUAGAAACUCACAUGAGCACUUCCAUUGCGGACAUGAGAAAUUCUAUAUUCCACAUGAGUACUUUCAUUAAUCACAUGAAAAUUCGAUAGCUCUUAUAACCAACAGAUGAUUCAGCUUGUUAAAAGAGUUCAAAAGUUGGUAUUCGUAGUGAGACAACUCACGUGUGGAGCCUUUUUGCUUUAACACGUUGGCUGCUGAAAACACAAACGUUUGUUUUAAAACUACGUAACGCGUGUGCGGCUCGAAAACGCUAGGCGUGUUAAAAUAAAUGUACCUACUAGGAUG